UUGUGAGUAGACAUUCCGAAGGAUAAAUUUUCUUUGAAAAGUCUGUUAUUUGGAAUUAUAAUGCAUAUAAUGGAUACGUAAUGUGUGAAAUGGCGUGCCGUUAUCGUGAAGAAUUAGUUGGAAAACGUUUCAUAUCAGUUCGGAGCCCACAAAAAUUGAAAAUCCAGAAAAUCUCCGAGUGGGAAUGGCGGUCCGGUGUUGUGAGGGCUGUUUCGAUCCGAGACACGACCAGUUUAGAGUUAUCAGUUCUGAUUGAGUUUGAUGACAUAGACUGGUCACGCCGUGAGUGGGUUCGUGUGCACGAUAUCUUCCAGCUCUUUCUGGUAGAGCACACGCUGGUCUGGGCAGAGAGGCCCGACCCGGAUAGACCUCGGCAGUCCAUCUCCUGGCCGGGACUGAGUUUCCGUGCUGUAGUGGACAAGGCGGGUCUAGCAGCAUGCAAGAGGAAGCCAGUGGAGUUCUUGGUGGACAGAUUUCUUGGUCUGGUUGAGGAGAAGGAGAUUCAGGUCUUCCAGGAGGGUAAUGAACGUAGUCAUCCAACAGCCGUUUCGCGUACAGCGGUGCAGAACGGUCUAAAGGAGUGGCUCGACUAUCAAGACGGACAGAAGAUCCUGCUUACCACACCCACCGUCCUCGUCGGCUACCGGCUUGAAGUGUACCGCGCAGAGGGCACCACACAGUGGUACACAGCAGUCAUACAGUCCUACAACCACACAUCCAAGACACUGUCGGUGACAGAUGACACUGUCCUGGAAGAACACAAUGAAGACCCAACACUUAUACAGAUGCACUUGAUUGAUGACGGAGUGGUUGACUCAAUUCUGCGCGGUGUUGAAAUCGGCGGAAUUGCGCCAAGGAGACGACCACGUGCUGUAAAAGAAAAGGAAACCCAAAACACAACGAGUCGAGCCAGUGCUAAUAACAGUACGCCACAGACAAGUACACGCAGUAGCGUAUUAAAGAAGCCGCGGUCUUCCCAACAGGCUGUUUCCACAGUGACAUCUACCCCACCCACUGUUGUAACAGCAGUACCCUCACCCCUACCCACAGAACAAAAAGUAUCUGAGAAGGCACGACCUACUUCAAGGAGAAAGCCACGAGUGGUGGAAAUCAGCGGAGUAAAAGCCAAACCUCUUUCCCUGAAUAGACGAGAGUCGCCUUCCCCUGCUGUAGACAACGAUACCGCAACUCUCAGUUUACGAGUCUCCCCACGCAGCACUCCGACCAAGGAAAGGACUCGACCUCACAGGAGUAGGGAGAGAGACAAACUAGCUGCAAAUAGUGGCGUGUUAGAACCUGAUAUAGAGGACACUGGUGGUGGUGGUGGAACUGUAGAUAAAAGUGCAGCAGACAGUCUAAGAAAUAGAAAUCGAUCUCAGCAGAGAAGGGAGGAGAAACUAUCUACACCAUCAGGUACUAGCAAGGCGCAGAGUCGAAUACAGAACGAAUCUCCGCGAGAUGAAAGUGGAUCUCCGCGUAGGAGGUCGUUAAGUAGGACACGUGUUAGUGUGCAAAAAGAAGCAGAAGCUGUGAUCAAAUCUAAUUUAUCAGGGAGUAAGAAAGAUAAACCAGUGGAGGACAAAGUUAGUGCCAAAUCUGAAACCAGUGACACAAAAACUGAGAAACCGGAGCGUGUUAAAAAGGUUGAAAAACCCUCCACCUCCCUCACAGACUCUGCGAACACUAAGUUAAAAUCAGGGAGUGAUAAGAGUGAAACUCAAGACAACAUUAAUGAUCGUGUUGAACAAAAGUUAAAAGAGAUCAAAUCAGCCUAUAAGAAAAAGGAAAAAGAAUCAGGGAUUACUAAAGGUGAACCGAAAGAGAAACGAUCUAGGAAUGUAAAAAGUAAUGGUGAAAAGGAAACUAAAAAGCGUGAGAAAAAGAAAGACAAUGUUGUCACUACUAAAGAAACACAGAACAAUGGUAAGAAAUCUGUAGGUUCUAAAAGUGUGGAUGUUAAAGAAACAGUCAAUGAAUUAGGGGAUAAUAAUAUGCACUUUAUAAAAAAGAAACAAUUAGCAGGGGCAUCUUUAACAGAGACACCUCAAAAUAGUGGUAUUUCCACCCAAAAUUUAGAUUUAAACCAAUCUGUGACUGAUCAACUUGCUCGUGCAGAGAAAUUAACCUCUCUAAAUGGUGACGAUAAAUUAUCUUCCACAUCAAGUUCAUUGUUAUCACCUGUGUCUAAUUCAUCUGAACCAGAAUUAGUGGCAGGUAGUCGAGACUUCAAAAGUAACACAACCUCAGGCGUAAGUUCACAUAGUACAAACUCUUCAAGCGUGUAUUCUCAGGAAGAACGUUCACAGUCACGAAGCAGUGACAGCAGGUGUAGUUCAGGACUCAGUGGGGAUGAAGCCCGUCGACCUGGUUCCAGGGUCGAUGAUUUGAAAAGUGUGAAAAGUAGUCCAGCUUCAAGCCCAUUGAUAGUUGACAAAAGUGAACCAUUGCAAAUAUACCGUGAUCCAGAGUUAAUGAGCAAGAAUCCGGUGAGAAGUAAUGUACCCAGUAUGCAUAAUUCUCACAAGUCUUCAUAUCCUGCAUUACAUCAGCCAGUUCCAACUCAAGCUUCUCGACCAUCAAGUGUAGGCAUGACUUCCACGCCACUUUCCAGUGGUCUGGAGCGCCAGUCACGGACUCCUGUGAUUCCAUCAGUAGCGUACCCAAUGUCAGCCCUUGGAGCGAGCCUACCCCCGGGGGCUUCACUAUCAAGUCUGAUGCCUCCAGGGCUUCACCAGCUGGACCCUGCAACCCUGGCCCUCCACCAGCAGUUUGUACAACAGCAGCACCUGGCUGCCGCCCUAAGCCAGCAGUACAAUAGUGCCCUUUCCAUGUCCUACCCUCCUCGGGGUACGGGCUCGCUCACCAAGGCCCAGCUGGAGCACCUCUGGCAGCAGAAGUACCCGUCUCUGCCCGUACCCCCACCCUGGCUCCUUGCCAAGCAGCAUGAUGAGCUCGUGGGCAGUAUGAGGCUACUUCAUGAACAGGAACAGCUGGAGAGGGAACGCAUGGAACGGGAAAGAAGUAUGCAUGAACGGGAACAGAGGGAGCGGAAGGAACGCGAGCGGAGGGAUCGGGAACGCAUGGAGAAAGAGAGAAUGGACAGAGAGCGCAGAGAACGGGAAAAAAUUGAGGCAGAACGUGCAGCGGAACGGGAAAGAGCUGAACGGGAUAAACAAGAAAAAGAAAGGCUGGAAAGGGAGCGCUUGGAGCGGGAACGGAGUCGUAUCUUAAAGGAAAGUGCCGUAGACCCGCAGUCUGCUGUUGACCAGCACUUUGACAAGUCCCUUCGCCAGGCUAGCCAGCGGAACUGGAAGUCGCUAUCUAACCAAGGACCCCAGUCCGGAAUGCAGGACGGAUACCAGUAUACAUCUAAUACUAACUACCGCCCUAAAUACACGGCUGCUCAGACGGGUAUGUGGCCCCAGCCGUCCAUCACCCUGGGUACGGGGAAGCCCAAGACAGAGCACCCAAGCCCCCACCACCCUGCCCAUCCCUCGCCCCAGCACCUUGCCACGAUACAGGGCGAUAUACAGCCAGAGCAGAAAAUUAAACAGGAGCAGCAGCUGGAGACUGACGGGAAGAUAGCGGAGAUGAUGCGUCGACAAGAGGAGAUGGUCCACCGCAAACACAAGGAACUCAUGUACCAACAGGAAGAGUUCAUCAAGCAACAGCAGCAGCGUUACCACCGCCGUGGGGAUGAGAAACCAGACAUAAAACAUGACGUGAAGCCCUCCGUGUACCCAGGACACAUUCAACCCAAGGUGGAGCCCGGCAAUGUGGCAGGCAUUAAGCAGGAAGUGGGUACGGCAAGCUUCAGCUUGUAUGGCUACCAGCCGGAGAAGUUUUCAUACAUCUCGGCGGAUCAGUUGCAAUCUUAUGAACAUUCAAAACUGGGGAGGUCACAGUCACCAAAGAAAGGGUUAUCAGUGCCACCUCCCUUGAUAAAAGACACAAAACCCCACAGUUCUGUGAUAGUAGAAAACAAGCGUGAGACUGUAAAGUCAUCCAGUCCUCAUGGCGGCCACUAUCCGCCCUCCCACAUGUCUCCUCACCCCCAGCCAAAGCCGGCCCAUACCCCUGAAAGAAGCAUGGACAGGCCUCGCUCCAGCAAUUCCAGCCCUGGGUCCCAUGGCAUGAGCCCAGCCCUGGCCCACCAGCAUAAUCUCAUAAGGGGUGACCCUUCCCGGCAACCCACUUCAAGAUCUCAAAGCCCGCUACGGAUUGCGAGCCCCCAGCAGCUCUCUGCUGCAGUCAUGCAGCCUAUGGACUAUCGCUGUAGCCCAAAUGUGAAUAAAAACCGAGGCAGCCCAGGCUCCAACACGAGCCCACACCAUUCUAGUUCAAAUUCCGCAGCAUUCUCCCCAGCAAUAGCCCAACCCCCAGUGUCAUUACCUCACUCAGUUAGUUACACAUAUGGACUAAUCACACAAGGACUUGUUCCUAAUCCCAUCUAUUCCACUAAUUCCAAGAACCCGGCAGAGUCUCAGAGAACAGUUUCUGUGACGGGCACUGCCCAGGUACCUAGAGCUGCCCAGUCGCCCAGCUUCAGCCCCCAGGGUCAAACAGGGGGCACAAAGAGAAAAGGGCAGAAAGAGGGGGCGACUAGGAAGAGACAGAAGGGUGGGGAUAAUCAGUCACAGUCAAGCAACAACCCUCUCAACUUGACUGUCCCAAAUACCACACCACAGAUAGUCUCUAAUCCCUCGCCCUACACCACAAGUAGUGGAAACACUCCAUCAUCAGCAAUGCAUGUGUCACAAGCUAACCCUGGCACAGCCACAACUGUGACACAAGUGGUCAACCAUAGACUUGGUGGUCUUACAGGGUUCAUGGAUAGUUUUAAAUCAUUUGUUGAGAACACUGUUCAGAAUGCUUUCAUGUCUGACCCUGACCUGGCAAAGAAAGACGGGCAGAUGAAAAAGCCGACUCCAGAGCAAUUAAAAGAACUGGAACAGCAGUUUGUUGCUCAGAAAGGCCAGCCAUACAAACCCAAGUCAAGUCUGGAACGGUCGAGUACUCCUGUCACAGCACAGCAAGCCAACACCAGUCAGGAGGGGGCUGCAAAUCUUCCACAUAACGCCAGUAGUUCCAACCUUUUCUUGGCCGAUACUCGACCGGCAAAUGGACAAGUGGAUACAGAUAGUGACACUCUCAGUGCUCCCAGCCCUCCCCCUCACUUAAAACAAGACGGUAAUAACACAACACAAAACAAACCCGCUGCCAAACACCCUAAUCUGAAGAAAGCCUGGUUACAAAGGCAUUCAGAGGAUGACAAAAAUGUGACCAAACCAGGAAACCCACUCCUGGCCACCCCAAAUUCCAACCCAGUAAUGUCGGACGGAUCUAGUGGUAGUCCGACUGGGGAGGAUAAAGACAAUGUGAAAACUUGCUAUGUGAACUGUUCCUACAUAUCACCAAGUAAGGACGGGGGCUCUAAAUCGCCCAUCAGUUCACUCCAAGGGGCCGUCCCUAACGGUCCAACAGAAGGCAAGGAGACCCCACCAGCUCUACCCCCAGCUCCAACAAAUGAUGGCGAGUCAACGACAUCCGCAUCAGAAGCAGAGACAACACAGAACCCUGACGGUGGACCAAAUGGUCGUAAGCGAGUAAAAAACAAGAAGGAGAAAGCUGUGAACCCAAAGAAAGCUAAGCUGGACCAACCCACAGAGGAAGUCAGCGUCAACAGCACGGCCAUCGGGAAGAAAAAGACAAACCGAAGGAGCAAGGAUGCUGCAAAAAAUAAGGUUACCAAUGACAACAUGUCAGAAGAACAGAUCAAGAAGAUCGUUGAACACUGCAAGGAAACUGUGAAAGAGAAAGAAUCCAAGCCAACAGAAGAGGCGUAUGACAAAAAAUAUGACUUUGAGUCUGGUUCUGAGCAGAAGUCUGACAAUCCUGUAGAUAUGGAAACCAGUCCAGCAGAGGAACCCCAAGAAAAUGAAUCUACCAAAAAGAAUGAGAAAAAAGAACGCAAGAAAAAUAAGGAGAAGAAAGAAAAGAAGACAAAGAAGGAUAAACAGCUGAAAGAAAAGAAAGGGGAGAAAGUUGUGGAUAAGAUGGAAGAGGAUAUUGUAGAAACCAUUGAAAAUGUUUACCAGCCUCCGCCUUCUAUACUGAAGGAAACAGAGAUGAAAGCCCAGCAAGCAACAUUUUCCAAACCAUUGGUGAAGCUGUCAGACGCCGACUUGCGGAAGACAUGUGAACCGUUUCUUCAAGAUGGUUCAUGCAGUGAGGUCACGCCCAAACUGAUGAAGUGUCGCGAGUGCCGCAUGACCCCAACACAGCGAGGGAAAACUGUACCCAACAUCUUCUGCAGAUUCUAUGCAUUUAGAAGGUUGAAAUACAGUCAACGUGGCUUUGUGACCAUCGAUGGUUUUUCUGAGCUCAGCGAUGCAGAGCAGGAUGAUAUUGACCCUUGGAUACCCAAGUCCCCGAUAAUCGAACCAAAAAUUGACGUGGACAUGGCUCGGUUUAUAAUCAAUCGAAUUGGUGACAAUUUCUGCGAGCUUGUACAACAGGAGAGAGACGCCCAGAUCUGCGCAGGAGAUAAUGCUAAGAUUGCGUGGAAGCGAGCGGUCACAGGGGUGCGGGAGAUGUGUGAUGUUUGUGACACGACACUCUUCAACAUGCACUGGGUGUGUCGCAAGUGUGGGUUCGUUGUCUGCCUCGAUUGCUACAAGGUGAAGUCCCAGUCUGGUGAAGAGUCUGACUCCGACUCGGACUCGGAUGUAGGGAGCCAUGGUUCGGGUGGGGGUGAGGAAGAGAAACGCAAGUGGCUCACGUGCAGUGCCAACCGUCAGCCUCACAACGUAGACAAACUCAUGCUCACACAGAUUAUACCCUCAGAUGCUUUAUGGGAAGUUGGCCGACUGGUGCACGAAGUUAGAGACAAGUGGGGUAUGGCAAAAACCUGCCCAUGCAGUCCAAAGGUGAAUGCCAAGAAAAACGGCAUUAAAAACGAGAUCUCUGAAGCCAUCAAACAUUUAUCUCCCAAGAAGAAGCUUGUGAAUGGUGUCAAUAACGAGGAAGAGAAGGGUAAAACAAAGAACGGCAAUAUUAAAAACUCUGUGUACAAUCCAGACAAUACAUCUCCACUUAGUCUACUGGCCGAUGUGGCCUCGAUGGAUUCGGAGAAAACUAGGGACCGAAGUGAAUCCCCUCUCUUGAAUAAAAAGGGGGAUGGAAAGAAUGGGAAGUCGUAUAAUCCUAUCACUGAACCUGUGUCACCAGGCAGUAGUGAGAAAAAGUUACCAUCCAGUUGUUCAACUCUUAGAGAACUCUUAACGAAGACAGCAGGGGGCAAAGUGAAAAAUAAUUCUGAAACCAAUAAGAAAAAGUCCAAAAAUGUGAAUUCUUCAUUAAAUGACAUUAUCAAAAAUGUAGUGGAGAAAAAGACACCAAAAGACUAUGAGAAGGCCGGAGAAAUUCUGGCUGGAACUGAAUGUGAAAAACCAAUGAAAUUGCUUCAUUACACCCCAAAGGUGAGCAGUCACAUGUUAGUUAGAGAAACACCAAUAAUCGUUCACAACCUCACGGAAACCAGUGUGAUCUAUGCGGAUGUGCCCCAUUCCUGGUUGUGUGAUGGCCGUCUAUUGCGUCUUCAUGACUCCCGUCACCGUGGUAACCAGAAGAUCUUCAUGGAACAGUGGCGCCGAGGUCAGCCUGUGCUCGUAUCUGGAGUGGACAAAUACAUCAACCAUGACCUCUGGAAGCCAGCAUUCUACACCAAACACUUUGGGGAGGUAGAAAAUGACCUUAUCAACUGCAGAACAAGCUGCCUGGUGGUUGGACAUCCCAUGAAGCACUUCUGGGAUGGCUUUGGUUGUGUGGAAGAGCGUCUUGUAGACGAGAAUGGUACGCCAAUGUUGUUGAAGCUGAAGGACUGGCCGCCAGGAGACGACUUUAGUGAUGUGUUGCCCCAACAGUUUGCUGACCUCAUGCAGGCCCUCCCGCUCCCUGAGUAUACGCGUAGGGAUGGGAAACUCAACCUGGUUGCCCGCCUUCCAGACUUCCUCGUAAAGCCCGACCUUGGGCCCAAGAUGUACAUUGCUUAUGGUUCCGCCCAGCACCCCCAGGAGGGCACCACAAACCUCCAUCUUGACGUGUCAGAUGCCACCAAUGUCAUGGUGCAUGUCGGCUACCUGGACGAGGAGGAGCGUGGCUUUGUAGAGAAGGAUGCAGAGACCAUCAAGGCCAUGGAGAUGGCCCAGUGUGAUCCCAUCACCAAACGUCGCAUCCGUGAGGUCCGUGAAACGCCGGGCGCUCUCUGGCACAUAUUUGACGCAGUUGAUGCUGACAAAAUUAGGGAUUUUCUGAAUAAGGUGGCUAAGGAGCGAGGAGAGGAAAUCGAACAGCACCAUGACCCGAUACACGACCAAUCCUGGUACCUGGAUGAGGAACUGAGGGAACGUCUAGCCUGCGAGUACGGUGUCCUCGGUUACACCAUCCUCCAGUGCCUAGGGGACGCCAUCUUCAUCCCUGCCGGUGCCCCGCAUCAGGUUCGCAACCUCAACAACUGCAUCAAGGUCGCAGAGGACUUUGUCUCCCCUGAAAACAUUCACCACUGUUUUCAGCUGACUCAAGAAUUCCGAGAUCUCUCCUCGGGUCACUCAAAUCAUGAGGAUAAGCUACAGAUUAAGAAUAUAGUUUACCAUGCUGUGAAAGACUCCUCCGCUGUGCUAAUGGAGGCCGAACCAGAGGAUUAUGAGGACUGAAAGUGAAGAGAAGCCAUUCUGUAGAGAUGGUAUUCCUGAUUGUGCGGACUUAACAUGGAAGUGGCCAAGUUAAAGAGCAAUACACUGUCCUGGACUGGUGUUCUCGAUUUUGACCUUAAUACACACACACAGACUGUGACAUGUGAUACAGUCACAAUGUUCUAUGAAAUUAUCCAGGACUCGUUAAAUGAGAUUGAGAAGUGAGCAGUAAAACUGUGUACUGUGUUAAACCAAUGUUUCCAUCUUUAUAGAGAAAAGGAUAUAAACGUUGAAGUGUUUUACUGCGUAACACCAAUGUUUCUAACUUUUAUAGAGAAAAGGAGAUUACUGUACAAAUGCUGUACUGUGUUAAACCGAUGUGUUUAACUUUAUAGAGAAGAGGAUUAACAUAACAAUAGUUUUACUGUGUUAAACCACUGUUUCCAACUUCACAGAGAAAUGGGGAUUAGCGUACAAGUGUUGUUACUGGCAUAUAAGUGCUUCAAGUUCCUGUACAUUCUGUUAAUGACCAAAACCAAAUAUUGUUAAAACUGGAUUUGACUGUGCAUUGUAGUCCUUGUUUAUGAAGGAAAACCAAUGGCUUUGCCAGACAGGACUGUGCUAUGUUAGCCAACUUUGGGAUUAUUUUAACAUUCCUUGUGAUAACGAUGGUAGAUGUUGUUUGUACUAUGACUCAAGCUUCGUGGAGUUAACCGCUUUCAAAUAACUGGAUUGGUAGCCAUUGUAUUACUAGAUUACGCUGCGAAUGCUGAUAUUUUGUGAUAUAUAAUUGUAAUCGGCUAAUGUGUAACCUCUUAUUAAAGGGAGAGCACUUGGUUGAUUUAUUAUCCUCCCCUUGUUUUUGGGAGCAAAUAUUAUGUAUCAGGGGGAGAUAAUGUUAUGUUGUAAUUUUCCUACUGAUCUCAGUCAUUUUUCAUGUUAUCUUGUACUCAUUCUUAUGUAUCAAGGAUUUUAACAGGUUCCCUUACUAACAGAGUAAGUAAGACACUGAUUGGAAGUUUUCUGCGUUCAAUAUUGCAAUAUUUACGAUAGUCAUAUAAUGCAUAGAGGAAAGAUUUGUAAUUGUAUUACAGAAAGUCAUUUAAACCUUAAUUUGCUACUUAUAUCAUUAUGAGAAGUGAUUUACUGGUACGCAAGGUAAUCACUCCAAACCGUGCUUGUUAGAGGUAUAAAAUGCAGUGCUUUACAUAAUAAUGUACUCAGUACAUCGUUUCCCACCACGCGUAUGAACAUUCAACUUCAUCGACCAAUCCUCAUCAAACAUUGCCAAGCCUAGGAAGACUGUUGUAGGGCAAACUUGAUUUGACGAUUCUCACGCUAACUGUUUUUAAAUCAAUGUCAAGUUUCUGUCUCAACGUUCUUAGAACUUCUCACGGUCAAUGCAACUUGUGUUCAGUAUCAGUGUUUUAAUUGUGUUAAUUCUUUCAUUCUUUUUUGCAUUGCUUAAUAUAUAGAAUUUUUUCAAUUUUUUCUCGAUAAGAAAUGGUAUUCUAAAUAGUGAGUCCACGCAUUUUCUUGUUUUUUUUUGCAUUGAAAUAUUUUGGUUUUACCUCAUUUUUGUUAUUGUUUGGCUUUUGGUGUAAGGUUAGGUACGUAAACGUAUAAAUUAGUCAGACUUUUAUUGACCUUGGAGGGUUACUAUAUCCUUCACAUGAAACCUUUAAACUUGUGCUUAUUUCUGUUUUAGUAGUCGAUGAUGAAUUAUUGUAUAAAUUAUAAAUAUAGCUUCAAGUUUGGUAAUGUUCUUAAUUGCCAAAAAAAUGGAGUAUUUGUUAUUUCUUGUUAUCUCAAUUAUAAGAUUGUUUAUCUUACAGUAGCAUUGUUUAGAUUGAUUGUCAAUCCACUUUGUUUCAUAUUUACAUUUCAUCCUUGUUAUAUGUAAAUAAGCUAUAGAGCUAUUUUUAUAUAAAACAAAUCUAGCAUAUACUUCCUAUAUAAAGGCUGUAUUGUUUGCCCAGUAAAUGGGGACACAAUAUAACACAUGCUAGAAUGAUCUAGGUCAUUUUAUUGUUCUAAUAAAAGAUUUCUUAAUGUGAAA